AGUGCUGAACCAUCUUCAAAAUUAUCUAUAAUCUUUGAGGCUUAUUCACCUUUUUCUUCAAUUAUUAUUCUAAUGUUGGUUUCUCUUAUAACAGUUUUUCCGCAGUUACUACUUUUUUGUGCCCAAACAUUUGCUUUACCCAUAACAAACCAUAAUCAUAAUUCUGGUGAUGUCAAAACUUAUGACAGUGUAAAUCUACAAAAACGUGGUUAUAGACCCGCGUGGGUAUUUUGGUACUAUAGUGGUGGUGAACGAGAUUGUGGAAAUUACUGCUUAAUUUCAUUUCUUCUUGGUUGGGAAAGGCGUCAUAAUACAGAAGAUUUAUCCGAAAACGAAGGUGAUGAAGGGGCACAUGAAGUGGCUAGAGAAAGAAGAGAAAGGAGACAAGAAACAGAACAAUCUGUACCACUAACUCCGCCACCGCCAUAUACCGCUAAGGAUACUAAACA